AUGCUCGUUCUCCGAUCAGGAGAUAUUCGAGAUCAUUGCCGAUAUUCGAAGAACUCCCCUGACAAGCCGCCUAUCCGAGUGGAUCACAUCCUUCAUGACGGCCAUGAGAAGACAGAAAUAUACAUCGCCGGAAGAACAAAGCGCGCACUUCUGCCAAGCCCUCGCCGAACACUUGCGCGGCGACGCCCUAACAUGGUUCAGCAACCUCUCCGUGCCGACUCCAUCGACAGUUUCGACGAUCUAGCAGCCGCUUUCCUAAAGCAACACCUCCGUUUCGCAUUAGACGACCUCGUCUUUUGCAAAACCGAUGACGAUACGAUCUAUGGUCUCGGCAAAUUCGGUUCCGACUGGGAAGGACCAUUCCGCAUCGCGAAAGUCGUCAAACCAGGUAUCUAUCAGCUAGAAGACAACCUCGGCACCACGUCCGAUCGCCUCUGGAGCUCGUCGGAUCUGUGCAAGUCACCAGCACGAAGCUUUGAAGUCGGAAGCAUAAAUCGAGUUUCUAGAGCUCGUCGCUGA